AUGUACUGUACACUCUGUCGGUGCCGUAAAAGGCGACUCAUAUUUCCGAAAUCUGAGCCAAUACCACCGCCGUUGUCUUAUGUUGAACCGUUUGAUUGGACUGCUUUCUUUGGAGCUAUAUGCAAUUGCCUAAGGAAAUGCAGACCAUACUUUGACAAUGAUCCUCCAAUUAUCAUGGCGUUUGGACCACCGGAUCCAAGGGAUACCCUCAAGAAUGGCCAAAUAUUCACGACGAAUGGUAAAGUGCCUAUGCAAAAUGGGCAUUCUGUGAAGAUGAAUGGUAAUGCUACUUCUCCGAUUGCCUAUCUAAUGCCAGCGGCAGAUGACCGGCAUGGACAUUCACCCACCGCCUACCGACGAGAACUUGUUAAUGAAUUCAAUAAGGAUAACAAGAAGCCGAAUUAUCUAAGAGACCUUGAGGCAGCUUGGGAGGCAGCAGAACGAGAAACUGGUGUUUCUAAAAGCUCAUCUUUAGGAUCUUCCUCCUCAGGAAUUGGGACAGGGGUUCGAGUGGAGAUCUCCUCCCCACAUCUAGAAAAUACCACAUUCAAAGGUGAAACACAAUCCCUUGAAGCGGCGGCUCGAAUUCAGCAGCAGCGCUCUGCGAGGUCUCGACGUAUUGCUCCAGACAGCACCACUUCGAGACACGGCCUCCAGCGAAUGCCUAUCAACGAGCCAACCAAACCAGAUAUCUCUGCCCCCACUCUCCAAACUUCCACGUACAAGCAUGAUCUUAUAGACUUACCAGAGGCUUACACAACUCUCAAGAACCCAAAACGAAAUAGAAAAUCCAAACCGGACACUAAUGGCUAUUCAACACUUCAACCAAAGCGAUAG